AUGGACUAUAACAUUGGGCUUCCCCGUGACCACUCCUUCGCUUGUCUGACCUCUCUGGAGGAAGACAUCCGCUUGCUCAGUCUUUGUCCUUUCGAUAGCCUCAAUGUCGAUGCGACUGAUAAGGACGAUGACUCUCCGAAACUCCUUGACCUUCAGCCCAGCUUAUCAAAAUACCGUAUUCGUCCAUUUUAUCUCCCAAAUUCUAAUACGUUGAGUGCUAAGUUCUCAGCUGAAGUUGGUCGAGGUGGAACUGAUGAUGCCAAUGUUGUGGACGUAGAGGGCAAGAAAUACUCGCAAGGAAGAAGAGAAGAUGGUAUGGGUAUUGGAGAUGGGAUUGAGGCGAAGGCUGAAGAUGAAGACGGGGCUGCGAUACGGCAAGUUAACUUCUCUCUCUUGGGCAGUUGGCGCCCUCGCAAAGGAGGUAAACUUGGCAAACUUACUUAUCUUGUGACACCAGCCCAACUGGCUUUCGCCUUUCCACAAUUUCGCCAUAUCGGAUUACCUCCCGCUGGAAUUUCUACUUUCCGAAAUGCACCAUACGCAGUUUCAGCCAGCUUAACUAGCUAUGGUGGUCUUUCCUGUGGAUUUUCGGCGCGAGUCGGCCUCCAGGCAAUAGAAGAGCUAGACUCCCAGGUCAAGCUUGAUCCCGAUCUUGGACCAAGGUUACCUUCGCGACAACUGGUCUCUGUAACUCGGGACCUCGAAACUGACAUAGAUGCUAUUCGGAUUGAAACUGUUGAUUCAUCUGACUUCGCUCCCACGAACGCAACAGCUGUUUUGAUUCUUGACCCUCCUCUUCCAAUAGAGCAAAGUUGUCUAAAACGAAUUGAGAAGAUCACAGGUUUACAUGGUAGCUUGUCCGGAUCUAGCCGUUCUACACUACCUCUUUCCCUUUUAAUACUUCAGUUACACGACCAAGCACACCUUUAUAAUCUGCCUACGCAUAUGAUUCUGCCAAAUCGUACACAUCAUGCUUACUGUGUAUCUUGCAACUCGUUGGGCUGUCUCAUUUCUCGUCUACCAUUUACCGCUUCAACGCAGCUUCCAGAGCUGAUAUAUUUGCUGCGUCGACAAGCGGCUGCCAUUGCCUUUUACGAGACUUUUUUACUGCACCCCCGUCAGCCUCCCAGCAAAGGUGAGCGACAUAGCCCCGUUGCGACCAUUUUAUUCUAUGAUUUUUCUUUGUAUUCUUUAUUUUUUCUGAUCUUCCAUAAUAGGGUUCUCUACAUCAAUUAA